UCAUCGUCCUCUUUGCAAUAUAUAUGUAUAAAUACAUAUAUUUAUAUUCUUCACAUUUAACUGCAAACUCGAACGUCUCUCAGCUUGUUUAAUUACUCAGUACUACUCUUAUUGAUCACUUCCAGCUACUGCUUAAUCUUAGUACUCAGUUCAGUUCAGUCGCUCUAUGGAUGUGUCCUCUCACUUUUCCGACCCAAUUCCAUAUGGGUUGGAUUUCUGGGCGGCGGCUGACGUGCCGGAGAGGUCAGACGGCGGGAGUAGCAGGCCGGCGAACUUCUCCGACGAGGAGGUGAUAUUGGCGUCGAGCCACCCGAAGAAGCGGGCGGGGAGGAAGAAGUUCAGGGAGACGCGGCACCCGGUGUACCGCGGCGUGCGGCGGAGGAACUCCGGGAAAUGGGUGUGCGAGGUGCGGGAGCCGAACAAGAAGUCGAGGAUAUGGCUGGGCACCUUCCCUACCGAGGAGAUGGCGGCGAGAGCUCACGACGUUGCGGCUAUUGCGCUGAGGGGCAGGCUGGCUUGUCUCAAUUUCGCCGACUCGGCUUGGAGGCUGCCGGUGCCGGCGUCUACUGACCCCAAGGAUAUUCGGAAGGCGGCGGCUGAAGCGGCGGAAGCCUUCCGCCCGUCCAAGCAGGAGGACUCCAAGGUGGCAAUGCCGGGCGAGACGGUGUUUUUCAUGGAUGAGGCGGUUUUCGAGUGGCCGGGAUUGCUGGGGGACAUGGCAAAAGGGUUAAUGAUGCCGCCACCAGAAUGCAGCGGAGCACAUGGAUUUUCCGGAGAGGAGGUGGAGUCUGAUGCUGAAGCUGAGCUCCCACUGUGGAGUUUCUCAAUGUAGUUAUGAGUAGCUUUACGUUUGAUAAGUAGAAAUAUAUAUUGAGCUUCUUAAGGCGUUCCGUGCUGAGGUUUUUGAUAAGUACGGAUGAAUGGUAGUUAGAUUUACGAUAUGAUAUCAAAUAGAAUAAAGUGGUAAAGCUGUAAUAUAUGUAAGAAGAGCCAGUUUGUUGCCAUACUUGGUAACUGGAGUGUAAGCUUUGUCUCUAUGCAAGAGACACGCAAAUGUCUAAAACAUUGACUUGUCAAAUUUUCUGACCCUUGGUUUAAACUUUUUAAA